UAAUUCACUUCAUUUCUCAAAGCAGUGAGAAACGCUCUUUGUCUCUAUUGUGAUCAAACCACACGAGGAAAAGACCUACAGGAACAUAAAGCAGCCGAAACACUGGAAACUUAAAGCAAGAACAGCAUUUCUCAUUUUAGUCGUGAAGAUCUUUGAACCCAGGAGCUUACUGACCGCAACUUGGAAUCAGACAACUCACACGUGGGAUAUCGACUACUUCCACCAUGGAACCUGCCAGAUCAGAAAUGAGCAUCCUGCCCAAUGGGAAAGGUCAUGAGCUGGGAGAGGACAUGUGCAUGCCGAUGAAGACUAUGAUGGAGGAAGAACAAAACGGUACCCAUCACGGCAGAUUUGAUGAUCCUGACAGCACACUGGCUGAGAACAUUGAGUUCCUGCCCAACGGCGAGGGAAAGAAGCCACGUUUCACUGAUUUUGAGGGGAAGACCUCUUUUGGCAUGUCAGUCUUCAAUUUGGGCAAUGCCAUUAUGGGCAGUGGGAUAUUGGGAUUGGCCUACGCUAUGGCCAAUACUGGCAUACUGCUUUUCUUGUUUCUCCUCACGGCUGUAGCUGGUCUCUCCUGCUAUUCUAUUCACCUCCUGCUGAAGUCCUCAGGUGUUGUGGGAAUCAGAUCUUAUGAACAGCUGGGAUUCAGGGCCUUCGGAGUGACAGGGAAGAUGGCGGCCGGUAUCGCCAUCACUCUUCAAAAUAUUGGAGCCAUGUCCAGUUACUUAUACAUCGUCAAGUCAGAGUUCCCACUGGUUCUGCAGGCGUUUUUGAAAGGAGAUACCAGUUCAGGGGAAUGGUAUCUCAAUGGAAACUACUUAGUGGUGCUUGUGUCUCUCUCUGUCAUCCUGCCUUUGGCUCUAAUGAAACAGCUGGGCUACCUUGGUUAUACCAGUGGUUUUUCGCUCAGCUGCAUGGUCUUCUUCCUCAGUGCAGUCAUCUAUAAGAAGUUCCAGAUCCUGUGCCCAUUCGAGGAGUAUUCAGCCAAUAGCACGCUGGCACACGCUCAUUCAAACGUGACGGUGAACCACGCCCACAGCUACCAUAACGGACAUGUGAUGGUGGACGACUCCCACUGCAGCCCGCAGAUGUUCACCGUCAACACACAUACCGCAUACACCAUCCCCAUCCUGGCCUUCGCUUUCGUCUGCCACCCUGAGGUCCUGCCCAUCUACACUGAGCUGCGCAACCCAACUCAGAGGAGGAUGCAGCAUGUUUCCAACCUUUCCAUUCUGAUCAUGUACACUAUGUACUUCCUUGCUGCUCUCUUUGGAUACCUAACAUUUUACACUAAUGUUGAGGCCGAGCUUCUGCACACAUACAGCAGGAUCGACCCCUACGACACUCUCAUCCUCUGCGUGCGUUUGGCUGUGCUCACCGCCGUCACGCUGACUGUUCCCAUCGUUCUGUUCCCAGUGCGAAGAGCCAUUCAAGAGAUGAUAUUCCCUAACAAGACCUUCAACUGGAUACGACACGUUGCCAUCGCCGUCGUUCUUCUGACCUUCAUCAACAUGCUGGUCAUCUUCGCUCCCAACAUUCUGGGCAUCUUUGGCAUCAUUGGUGCAACAUCCGCUCCGUGUCUUAUCUUCAUCUUCCCUGCUGUCUUCUACAUCCGUAUUGUUCCCAAGGAUAAGGAGCCAAUGCGCUCUACCCCUAAAAUCUUUGCUGCCUGUUUCGCUGGACUGGGUGUGUUGUUUAUGAUAAUGAGCUUGAGCUUCAUCAUCAUUGAUUGGACGACAGGCAGCGGCAGUGCUCUGGGUGGCCACUAGGAGACAAACUCUGAUGAUGAAUGUGUGUUUGAGAUGAGAGUGUGUGGCGUACGUUAGGUUAGUGAUGUAACAUACUGGAAGGUGAUCUGAUUUAUUUUUAUCUGUAUUUUUCUGCCUGUUAUGACACAGAGGAUGCCCUAUCCCACUGUGGGAAGAAAAAAGGUGAGGGGGACCCAAACCAACAUCCCAUUUUACACAGAUAUCCUGCCAUCAGAUAAUGGGGAAAAAUUGCAUUACUCUAAAAAAAAAGAAAAAAAAAAAGAAAACCUUUUGAUAAAUUCUGACUGAUGUUUUAUAUUUUAAAACAUGUAAAAGUGCUGAUCUUGUCUAUUUGGAUAGAUUUUGUUGUUUUUAUUUAUUGAAGGGGUUAGUGCAUCCUCACUUAUCCUGUAGAAAUAUGCUAUUAUGGCUUUAGUUUGCUUGUCGCUAUUUUUAUGAACUCUCACUCUCUGUUUUAUCAAUCCAGAGCUCUUAUACUUGACACGACUGACUGCAAGUACUGUAGAAACACAUAAUUGCAUUCUUCGAGAUUUCUUUUAAGUGACAGCAAAUGCAUUGUACAAUAGCGACCUAUAUAUCAGAUUUUUACAUAUUUAAUUCUGUGUAUUACUUUGGCCAUUGAACAAGGAGAUUGUAGAGGUUUUGAUUGCUCUCUGGGAGUUGAAUGAAGCGGACUAGUUUAGUAAAGAUGGAUCGGUAGAUGGUUUACUCUCCAUUGGGCUUUGGACAAUCAACGAGUCACAUUACCACCUAUUUCAGCUAACUUGCAGUGUUUUCGGUCAAGUGAGAGAGCAAUUUAUCAUAUCGCACAUAUUCACUGUGCCAAAGCGAAGGAUUUCUAUAAUCAAACUAUCAUGAAGUAUAUUUUCUGUUUUCCUAAAGUAUGCACAGUAGACAUAGAAUGCAAGGCGUGCCUUGAUCACAUGGAGAUUUGAACAGUGAAAAAUGUAUUUAUUUAAUUGUAUCGAAUAUAUUUUGCAGUUCACUGGAUGAGUAUUAGUGUAUGUUAUAGUAUUAAUGCUUGCAAUGACAGUGUCCUUUAUCGUUUUUGUUUGUGUUUUGAAGAUCAUAAUGCCUGCAUACUCAAGGUCAUUUACACAAAUGCUAGAUAUGGACCUCAUAUACAUGUACAAAACCAUAUUUUACUUGAAAUAGACAGAAUCUCCCCUGUAUUACAAUUCCAACAAUCAUAUUAAAGGAAUAGUUCACCCAAAAAUGAAAAUUAGCUGAAAACUUACUCAAAGAUGUUCAUGAGUUUAUUUCUUCAUGGGAACAUCACUUACUGACAAAUGGAUCCUCUGCAGUGAAUGGGUGCCGUCAGAAUGAGAGUCCAAACAGCUGAUGAAAACAUUACAGUACUCCACAAGUGAUCCACACCACUCCAGUCCAUCAGUUAACGUCUUGUGAAACGAAAAGCUGUGUGUUUCUAAGAAACAAUUUCAUCAUGACAUUGUCGCUUCUGGAGUCCAUAAAAAUACUUCCUGCAGUAAAAAAAGAUGUUAAUUGAUAGACUGGAGUGGUGUGAAUUACUUGUGGAUUAUUGUGAUGUUUUUAUCAGCUGUUCAAACUCUUAUUCUGAGUUAAUAUACCCAUUCACUGCAGAGGAUCCAUUGGGGAGCAAGAAAUGUUAUGCUAAAUUUCUCCAAAUCUGUUCUGAUGAAAAAAAAACAAAAAAACUCCUCUACAGCUUGGAUGUCCUGAGGGUGAAUACAUUUCCAGCAAAUUUUCAUUUUCUGGGAGAACUAUUUCUUUAAGCAUUUCACUGCAGUUUAGAAGCUGCUCUCAAUAUCUCACAUGAAAACAGUUGUAAAUGUUUUCAUUUUUCACAUCUGUGUUUAACUUUUCUUGUAAUCUGAGUAUUUGUGGACCCUGUUUUGGUAUUAGCAGUAGUAAAUGAACCAGCUGAAAUGUAGAAACAUGAAAGGCACCAGUAUUUUUUUAGUUUGAAGGAAACUUGUUGCUUAUUUGGAGUUUGAAAUAUCUCGCUCUUACUCAGUGGUUCAUGCGAUGCUUUCAAACCUGUAAUUUGUUCAGAUUCUGACAAAAUUAUUAAAUAUUAUGCUGCGCAAUCCUGUUGUACAAUAAGUUGUGCUAAUAUUAUGUGCCGACUGAUGACUAGAUGGGUUGGUAGUGGCAGAUAUUGGUACACCAUGAGAAAACUGCAACCGAAGUGAGCAUGCAGUUAAUAUCACCACAUUAAUGACACAAAAAAUAGAUAAGGAAUGGACUUUUAUUUGUGAUAUAUGAAAUGUAGCUGAUAUCUUAGUCCUGUUUGCAUUGUCAACCAAAAAACAAACUGAACUUUAUGCUGGAGAUUGAAGUGCAAUUCCAGUGGUCCCCAAGAGUCACUAUUUAACAUGGCAAUGAUUUUUUAUUUUUUGCUUUAUUUUCCUGAAACUGAUCAUUUUUAAUUCUAAUGUGUACUUUUUGAAGUAUUAUAAAUCUAAAUAUAUAGAAAAGUGCCUGACUUUACAACCAGCUACCUUAGAUGCUUUUUGAUACUACCUACUUAUUUUAAUUUUUUUUUGCAAUGAUCACUAUAAGUGCUGGCUAAAUAGCCCUCGAACUUUAACAUUUUUUAAAUACUGCUUACAACGAAUGCUAGUUUGUCAUUUUAAUAUUCUAAUAACAUAAUAAUGUUCUUUUUAAAAUAUUAUUUUAGUCAAGUUAUAGCCUUGCUGGGUAUAUUUUGCUUCAACCAAAGUAGCAUUGGAUUGAACAUAAAAUCAAGGGUACUGAAUACUGAUAAUUUUGUAAUGUGAUUUCAUAUGGUAUGUAAUGCAAAAAAUAUUAUGACUGAAAUUCUGUAACGGAUAUUUGUCUCAAUGCUGCCCAGUUUAUAUACCAUUUCUUCAAACAAGUUUUGCUAACAUUUGUUAUAUUUUAUCUGGUACAGAUCAUCUGGAUUUUUUCCUUUCAGUAAGGAAUACACAAAGCAAUUUGUUUUUCCAAGCAUUAUUUACACACAUCUAUUUAAUUGAUACAGUUGGGUUCAUAUGAUAGAUUGUUUAGUGCAUUCGUAUAUAUUGUAUAUAAAUGUGAAUCGCUUUUAUUUGUGAUGCAUAUUUAGCUUGUAUAGUGUAAAUAGCAGAACCACUUUGACAAUAAAAAGCUGUUUUUAAACCUG